AUGCGAUAUCGACGAGAAAUACGUGAAAAUGAAUGGAAAUCUACAGAUUUAUCAUCUACACUGUACCUUCCAAUUUAUGCACAAAUUUCGGAUAAAUCAUUGAAAGCUAUUUGUGAAGCACAUAGCAAACGACGAAAGAAGCAUAAGUGGAAACACGCAAAAAACAUUAAAAGUUAUAGCCACAGACCAAAAAGCUUGAAAAAACGAGAUUGUGGUCCAAUAAAUUCAAUUUCUCAACCACAUAUUUUGGCUCGUCGUUUGAAUAAAAUUGGUGGCAUUGUUCGGUAUGGUACACGUUGGUUUCAGACAGAAUAUUCGUUGGGAUAUAAUGUAUUUGAAUACUGUAAUCUAACUGAUCUACGAUCUUCGCAUCCAUCCGCGGUACAUUCCUUGGAUAUUGCACAAUUCGACGGUACGGACAAUACCGCAUGUAAUGGAAGUAAUUUUAUUUAUUAUGCAUCAUCGACAUCGCAUAUUUAUUCAUAUCAAAUUGAUGAAAAACUUUCAAAAAGUGCGGCAAUUGGUGCUUCAAAAAUUCCAAUUUAUAAAUUUUCGCAUUCGUACCUGGAUUUGGAAAAUGACGGUGGCCAUUUAUGGAUUUUAUAUCAUUCCAUUCCGGAUGGCAUCCUGAAAGCCUCGUUACGGGAUUGUAUAUCACUUGCGGAACAGAAAUCAUGGAUUUUACAAUUUUUGGACACAAAAACCAUUGUCAAUGCAUUCAUUGCUUGCAAUCAUUUGUAUACCGUAACUCAAAAUAUCACUUCAAACAUUUUAAAUAUUAUAUAUGAUUUCGGUACUGAUAAGUUUUUCGAUAACACUCCACAAAUAGGGAGCUGGAAACGGCACGGUAUACCGUCGAGUGUACAAUAUGAUCAUGCAACAAGAACUAUUAAUAUUUUUGAUAAUGGUAUUAUUUACAGUAUUGCAGUACAAAUGCAAUAA